AUGGGGAAAAUCAAGACCGUCGAGUAUUUUCGUGUGAAGCCAAGAUGGCUGAUGGUCAAGAUCACCGACGAGAACGGCGAGUACGGCUGGGGAGAAGCAACGCUCGAGGGCCAUGAUCUUGCUGUGGAAGGAUGUUUAGAGGAGAUGAUUGUUCGUAUCGUGGGCAUGGAGGCAAAUGAGAUCGAGAACAUCUGGCAGACAUUUUGGAGGCAUGGCUUCUAUCGCGGAGGCCCUGUCUUUAUGUCCGCGUUAUCCGGCAUUGACAUUGCCUUGUGGGACUUGAAAGGAAAGGUGUUCAAGAUGCCUGUCUAUGAGCUGCUCGGAGGAAAAGUUCGUAGUAAAGUCCAGGUCUACUGCUGGAUUGGUGGCGACCGGCCGGCAGAUGUUGAGCGAGCGGCCAAAGCCCGUGUUGCUCAGGGUCUGAAACAUGUCAAGAUGAACGCCACCGAAGACCUCAACUGGAUCGAUUCACCUUCCAAGCUUGACGCGACAGUUGAGCGCAUCAAGGAGGUCAAAGCAUUGGGCCUGGAUGUCGGUCUAGACUUCCACGGCCGUCUUCACAAGGGCAUGGCCAAGCAAUUAGCUGCGGCGCUGGAGCCGCACCGCCCUCUCUUCAUCGAAGAGCCGCUGCUAUGCGAGCAUCCAGAGGCUAUCAAGCAGCUUGCAGACCGCACCACCAUCCCCAUCGCAUUUGGAGAGCGUCUCUACACUCGCUGGGACAUCAAGAGAUUCCUCGAAGAUGCUAGUGUUGAUAUCCUUCAGCCGGAUAUCGCUCACGCUGGUGGCAUUAGCGAGACGAAGCGGAUCGCCCAGAUGGCCGAGGCUUACGAUGUUGCCAUUGCGCCACACUGCCCGCUGGGCCCCGUCGCCUUUGCGGCCUCCCUGCAUAUUGGACUGACCUCUCCCAACUUCACCAUCCUGGAGAUGAGCUUGGGAAUGCACUACAACACGGAGGCUGGUGACGACAUCGACCUCCUGACGUACCUAAAAGAUCCGGAGGUCUUCGCUAUCGGUGAGGGCGGGUUCAUCAAGGCGCCGACGAAGUACGGACUUGGCAUAGACAUUGAUGAGGAGAAGGUCAGAGCCAUCGCCAAAGACACCAAGCCGUGGCAGUGCAAGGUGUUCCAUGGCCCUGACGGUAGCAUUCGGGAAUGGUAA